AUGCCUAUUCCAAGUCACUGCACUGUCGCGAUGGGCAAAGACUAUUAUAAAAUUCUCGGCAUCUCGAAAAACGCCAGCGACGAUGACGUCAAAAAGGCCUACAGGAAGCUAGCACUGAAAUACCACCCCGAUAAGAACAAUGCCCCAGGGGCUGCUGAGAAAUUCAAAGAAGUCGCCGAAGCCUACGAGGUCCUCUCCGACAAGAAGAAACGCGACGUUUUCGAUGCCUACGGCGAAGAGGGCCUCAAGAACGGUGUCCCAGGAGGUGGUACCAAUGAUUUCGGAACCUCAGGCUUCACGUAUACCUUCCACGGAGAUCCGAGAGCCACUUUCGCGCAGUUUUUCGGUAACACGAAUCCGUUCCAGGACUUUUUCGCUGGGUUCAACGAUGCUGCCGAGAAUAAUGAUCCAUUCAGUCAUUUCUUCCACUUGACUACGAAUCGCAGAUCGCCUAGUGUUAAGCAGGAUCCUCCUAUCGAACACGAUUUGUAUGUUGCUUUGGAGGAUAUCGCUAAAGGAUGUACGAAGACCAUGAAGAUAAACAGAAAAGUCUUGAAGAACGGCCGGCUGGAAAGAGAAGACAAAAUGCUGACGAUCAACGUCCAGCCAGGCUGGAGAGCUGGCACCAGAGUUUCAUUCCGGAAAGAAGGUGACCAAGGUCCUGACAGAAUACCAGCAGACAUAGUCUUCAUCAUCAAGGAUAAGCCACAUGAUAUUUUCAAGAGAUGCGGCAGCGAUAUCAGGUUUACGGCUAGCGUCAGCCUGAGAGAAGCCUUGUGCGGUGUCUAUGUGGACGUGCCUCUUUUAGGUGGUGGUUAUGUUACUUUAGACUAUACCAGCGAGGUGAUCGGGCCAGAAAGCAGCCGUAGGUUGGCGGGAAAAGGUUUACCGUAUCCCAAGGAAUCCUCAAAAAGAGGCGAUUUGGUGGUGGAUUUCAAUGUGAGGUUUCCUAAUCAGCUGCCGGAUAGGACUAAGAAGAUUCUGGCUGAUGUGCUUCCCCAAACUUAGGAGGUUGCAUGCGUUUUGUGUAUGUUAAGAUGAAAUAUCCUGGUUAAUAAAAAUAGCGAUGGAAUA